AUGACUUGCCCUUACUUGUCAUGGCGACUUUCCAGCUUUGUGCCAGGAACCUCGCGGGGGUUGCUGGGAUUGGGACUUUCCCCUCCCAUGUGCUCAGACUGGCGCUAAAAGUUUUGAGCUCCUCAAAAGUCUGUAGGCACCAUUGUGGAUACAAGGUAGCUGCUGGGCUCUGGGGGGCCCUGGCAUCCGGGUUCGGGCCAUGCUUCCUAGGAAGGUGACAAGCUCCCCUGAGGACCAGAGCAACUCUACUGCCUUCUUGGGUACUAUCAUGGAAGAGCUGUCAUCAGAUCUCAACAUCGAUCUCCCUCUGAGUCAGGAGACGUUUUCAGAUUUAUGAAAACUUCUUCCUGAACACAGAGUUCUGACCGCCUCGCCCUCCCCUCCCAUGAAUGAUUUCUCAGAAGACGUUGCAAUGUGGCUAGAAGAUCAGGAGGAAGCUGUGCAAACAUCUGCAGACCCUGUCCCCGAGGCCUUGGCCCCAGUGGCCCCUGCACUUGCAGCCCCCACUCCAGCCACCUCGUGGCCCCUGUCAUCCUCUGUCCCUUCCCAGAAAACCUAUCAUGGCGACUAUGGCUUCCGCUUAGGCUUCCUGCAGUCAGGCACAGCCAAGUCUGUCACAUGCACGUACUCCCCGACCCUCAACAAGCUUUUCUGCCAGCUGGCCAAGACCUGCCCAGUGCAGCUCUGGGUGGACGCAACCCCUCCUCCUGGAACACGUGUCCGUGCCAUGGCCAUCUAUAAGAAGUCACAACACAUGACAGAGGUUGUAAGGCGCUGCCCACAUCAUGAGCGCUGUUCUGAUAAUGAUAGUCCAGCGCCUCCUCAGCACCUUAUCCGAGUGGAAGGCAAUUUGUGUGCCGAGUACCUGGUUGACAGCCACACGUUCCGACACAGUGUAGUGGUGCCUUAUGAACCACCUGAGGUUGGCUCUGACUGCACCACUAUCCACUACAACUACAUGUGUAACAGCUCCUGCAUGGGGGGCAUGAACCGGCGGCCCAUCCUUACCAUUAUCACACUGGAAGAUUCCAGUGGCAAUGUGCUGGGACGGAACAGCUUUGAGGUGCGCAUCUGUGCCUGUCCUGGAAGAGACAGGCGCACAGAGGAGGAAAAUUUCCGCAGAAAAGCAGAGCCUUGUUCUGAGCCUCCACUUCCAACUGGGAGCACUAAGCGAGUACUGCCCACCAACACUAGCUCCUCCUCUCCCCAGCCAAAGAAGAAAUCACUGGAUGGUGAAUAUUUCACCCUUAAGAUCCGUGGGCGUGAGCGCUAUGAGAUGCUCAGAAUGAUAAAUGAGGCCUUUGAAUUCCAAGAUACUCGGGCUGAAAAGGAACCAGAGGAGAACAAGGCUCACUCUAGCUACCCAAAAUCCAAGAAGGGGCAGUCGACCUCCCGUCAUAAAAACCUGAUAUGCAAGAGAGAGGGGCCUGACUCAGAUUGACAUCCUCUGCCUCCUCACCCCAGAAACCGCCCCUUACCCCUGUUCGCCUUCCCUGGGACUCAGGUGCUUGCCUCCCUGCUUGGCAUCGGUGUGCCUCAGAAAUACCCAGAACUGAGAACUCUGCCAUUCGCCAUGACUUGGCACCCCGCUGCACUUGUGUCUGGGGGCUGGCAGUGGGAGCUAGGAUACACCAGCUUAGCUUUUAAGGUUUUAGCUGUGAGGAAUAUUUGAGAGAGAAGAACAUGUUUGCAUGUAAGGGUUAGGGUACCAGUAGCCCAGUUCUCCAAUAGAACUAACAAAGGAGCUGACUGAAGUUAGUUUAAUUUCUCCUUCUAUGAAACAUGGAUCAUCGUGCCUACCUCACAUGGUUUUGUUGUGAGGAUUCAUAAAAUAUGUGACUGGCCUUGAACCUCCAGUUACCUUCACUUGGUAACUGGGGCUUGGCCCCUCAGAGGUGCUAGUUCAAGGAUGGGCUGGUAAUUUCCAAGACUAGGCAACUACUUUUAAGAGAAAGACGUUGCCAAGAUUUCACCAGCCCUGCCAAAUGCUGCUCAGUCUCCUGUUGAACUUUGACAACAGAAAAUGUCACCCCAUAUCACAUGCUGGAGAAUUCCAUCUUGGGCUCCUGUGGGGUCUGCUGGAUCCAAGACCCAUUUUAAUCCCCACCCACCCACAUGCUCAGGGUCAAUUUCUUUUGCAUCUUGCAAGGCACAUCUGCAUUUGUGAUCCCCCCACCCCUUCUCCCUUUUUAUAUUCCCUUUUUAUAUAUUUGUUUCUUAUUUUACAAUAAAAUUUGGUUACCACCUGUGCGUUUUGAGGGAUG